UGUAGUGAGAAGCAUAUUGAUUUGCUUAGUUACUUAAUAAGAUAAUUGCACGUGUUUAUAUCAUUCUUACAUGCAUGUUAUUUAAUUUGUGGAUAGUUCAACAGGGAAUACACCAUGGAGCUGGAAGAUGCAACUAUGGCAUGUCUGCAGCUCCAAAUGUCUGAGGUGCCAGCUGAGAGAUGGGAACAUCAGAUCCAGAGUCGGAGAGGUCCCCUCACUGCACACUUAAACAAAGGGGGAAACCCUGUGCGCUUAAGUAACCUGGGAGAGUCUGAAGAGAAUUCUGGACCUGGUGUUUGUUGUCCUGACCUAGGACCUGGGAGGCAUAAGAAGUUAAGUUCCCUGUUCUGUCAUUAUUAACCUGGGUGCCUUUUUCCCCAGAAGAAUCAUAUUCUACAUUAAUCCAUUUAGAAAAGGAUUAACUUGUGUUUUGAGUCAAUAACUUCUGAGCAAACUUUGGUUGGAUGCUUAACUGCCUCAUAUAUAGUGCUGUAUCAGCUGCUGCCCCCCAGCAUUAGAUUGAACCUCUUUGUUACAUGUGCUUCCUUCUGCUUGUGUUAAGCUUCAUCUGGUUAAAAACUAGUGCGCUGUAUGUCCUUCUAUUAUUACAGCUUAUUUUUUGCACAGUCUGUGGUAUCCUUCCAUGUUUCUUGAAAGAAUUUUAAAAGUAGUGUUUUGAUUAAGAUUUCCUGCUAUUCCACAGAACAUUUUAAAAUAUUUUAAAAGUGGUUUUUAAAAGACAUAAAGUUGACAAAUUCUUGUAACUAUUAGAUUGACGUAUGUUCUGUAUUAGGUAACAUCACACAGGAUCAGGGAUUUUCUCAGUUUUACCUUCAUUUUCUCUGUAGUCAUUUAAUCCUCAGAAAGUCAGCUGUAUCUCAGAUGGUAUGAAACAAGGAACAAGGAAAACAGUGUGUUUCAAAACAUCAAACAGAAGUUAGUAGCCUGGAAAAUAUUAUAUCAUGAUGGCAGACGGGUAUAGACUGUGUUUGCUGGUGACACCUCCCUGAUACUCACUGAUCUGAGGACUGAUUUUCAUGCCUAAAAAUAAAGCAUUGGUUUUCCACAAUUGUGCAACUGCAAGGGCUCUCUUUUAUUUUCUUUUUUCUUUUAUUUUUUUCUUUUCUUUUUUUUUCUUCUUUUUAGAGAUCACCAAGUAGUGUUUAAUUGUUGUUUACAGUAGAGAAUGCAGAAACCUGUUGAGUCUUGGAGAGAAUUUUCUCCCCGAGGAGAUCUGUGGUGUUUAUCUUCUGUUAGCUGAAAGCAUAUCACAGAGAAGGUUGCAGCUUUAUAGCCAAGAUUUUCAAAAGUAAUUCUCAUAUUGCUUGUAGAUACUUAACUUGGAAGUCCUUAAAAAUUAUGCUUGGUGUUACUUUGCUGUUUCACUGUGUUGCCAUAUAAGAUCAGGAAAAUAAGAUCACUUUUCUGGGCUGCUGUUUCAUAUUCUGUCUUGUCCAUUUGGAUUACAUGGAAGGGUCUCUCUUUUGCUAUUUGUGUAACGAUGCAUAAUUGUAACUGCAACCAACAAUUGGGGUGUCACAAUCAAGACAGUAAGCAACAACUCGUAGUGGAUCUGGAUACUGUUUUUGUUGUGGUGGGUUUUAUUUUCAUUUUGGUUUGGUUUUCUUUGGUUUUGGUUUUUGUUGUUUUCUUUGGUGGGUUUUGUUUUGCUGUUGUUGUUUGUUUGUUUGUUUAUUGCAUUUAAGAACCAACGGAAUUAGAGCUUUUACCUCUCUGACUGUUUAGGACUUUGUUGACAAGUGACCAGAUGACAGUUAAAUGGUUAUUCCCCUACUAACAUGAUACUGAAUUGGGAAGAUACUAGAAUGGUCACAGUCAUUUUAAGAAGCAUUAUUUAAGAAACAUCAGCCUAAAAAUAGAGAGAAAUUGAAAUUCUGCUCCCAACUGACAUAAUUUUACAACCAAUAGUAUUUCACACAGUUACAUGCUACUGAGUCUGGUAAUUUCUCAUUGAUUAAAUGCAGAUCUUCUGAAAAGACACCUGGUGUGUAUUAUGAAAUUUAAAAAUAGUUAAUCCCUGCCCUGUGUUUGUUCAUUAUCCUUCAAGUUCCGUCAUAAGCAAUAGUGCAGGUUUUACAGCUGAUUUAAUAAUACAAAGAAUGUAUACAAUAUGAAUGGUAGCAUAAAAAGUAACUUGAACGAAAAUCCAUGUCUAGUUGAGGGAGGAAUGGAACCCUAAACUCUCAUCUAACAAAGGCACUUUGGUAAGAGCAGAUCAGGUAACAAACUGAACCUGUAAUCAGCUGACUUUACAGUAUGCUGUGCUUGUGUGAUUUUAUUUAUUUGUUUAUUUACUACUAAGAAUUUAUUUUCUAAUUUGUGUCUGAAAGAAAUCACAGGUCAUAAUGGUACAGCUUUGGUCUGUAGAACUCUGUAAAAAUCUAAGAACCUGGAGUUCAUAGAGUGCCUGUUAAAAGAAAAGCCAAGAUAAAUCUUGCCAUUGUGCAUUACCGAGUUCUGCCUUGGUCUAUAAGAACAAAGAUAUUCUGUAUAAUUACUUCUCUGGUUGUUUACGUCUCAUACUGUUAAUUGUUGACCUGAUCCAAAUCCUCUGAAGUAAAAGGUAAGACCUCUGUGUACUUCAGUGAGCAUUCAGUCAGGUUUUACACCAUUUUUCACUGCCUUGGAGUACUUACAGAAAUAUACCAUGCUUAAUCAUGUUUACCAGAAUUAAAAGUGAAAUGAUUUUGUUUAUCUAAUUUUACAAAACUUAGUUUCUGCAGUAGUCCAAAAGCAAUUACAUUCCUCCUUGUUACAACAGCUAAAUAUGGGGAAGACAUAAGGAGGAUUUUAAAGUUUCUUUGAUCACUGAUUAAUUGCCUUCAUUUGCCAUGCCACAUAUAAUGUUUUGGAAAAGUAAACAUUACAGAAGACAGCAGCAUGUCUUUUACUGAGGAUCUACACUCCCUUUUUUCUCAUUUUUGACUUUGUCAAUAUUAACACCUGCAGUCUGUUCAAAAUUUAGUUGAUGGAUUGCUGAUCAUUAAGUUUAUACUGUGCUCAUAUGUGUUUAUUAACAUGCACCUGGAGUCUUCCUCCCUGAUGACAAUGGUCACCAGUUCUCCAUGGUGCAUUCAGUUCUGUCAAUUAUCGGAGGUGGGGUGGUGGGUUUGUUUGGUUAGUGUUGUUGUGUUGUUUUUUUUUUCCAAAAUUAUCAUCUAACUGGGUAGGAGUUGGUCUGAGAUGAGGAAUGUAGUGCAAAAAAACUACCAAAAGUAUUCAUGAGCUGUCACUUAAUUUCUUAUCCAGAACUAUCAGACAUUGCAUGGGCAGAAAGUGUGGAUAUGUCAUUAUGUGCGUGGAAAGUCAUCGUUACUGAUACGGUCAUUCUACCAAAUCAAGACAUUUGUUAACUGUGAGAAUUUGUCUUUUCAUUAUGAAGUCAUUUCAGGAUGUCAGUCAUCCGUCUUACAUUCAGAUUUCCACUUCUGUUGACAAGAAAUGCGAUUUCAAAAGCAGAAACAUGGGAGGAAAUAGAAUUAGAGAUGGUAUAUUGGAUGAUGGCUUUGACACUUCAUGGAAAUACAGGGAAUACUGACCCCCCAAAAGCACUGCUGGGAAGAAUCCUCAGUUUGUAAUUAAGUCUUAGAAACUAUCUGUUGGUACUGGAUUGGCUCAAGCUUGUACAGGAGAAGAAAGGAGGAAAUAAUAUAGUGGUUUUCAGCUUGUGCUGGUCAUAGAGCUAUCCUGAACUACUUUAACUUUAUGGACAGUGUUGUAAAGACACAGAAAAUUCCCCUUUACAGUCCCUUCUGCCAAGUAUCAGAUGACUAAGCCAAAACUAAUCAUAAAAAUAAGAUGAGGCAAGAACAUGCUAGAAGUAGUAUUUCUGUCACUCAGGAGCCUUUAAGCCUUGUAAACAGUGAAGUACAGUCUACAUCAGCUCCUUUUGCUUAGGUGGCUGUGGCCCAAAUAUACCCUUACUGCAAUAAUUAGAUGAAACAUUUAGACUGCAUUACAUGAUUAUUUUACAGCCUAUCCUUUUAGGAAUAGAGACAAAAAAAAAUCUUAUGGAUAAUCAGAGCACCUCCUAAUUAAUUUGUAGUACUCCUUUCUUUUUAUUAGGACUGUUUAUUAUAGAUUAAACCCUACGACUUAGCCCAUUUCAUAAUUAAGUCCAUAACUUUCUAGAAUCUGACCUUACUAAAUUUCAACACAGUUUUUUCCACAUUGUUUUUUUUCUUUUCUUCUUCUUUUUAAUAAGUGACUUGUCUAACUCCCAGGUGGUGUUCCCUCUUCCAAGCUUAGCUUCACAGGCUAGUUUUCCUGUCAGGAACUGGGGGAAUAAGCGGUGUUUUUCCCAGACCAAACUAAAUAGUACAGUGCUAGCCUGGAACCUUUAAAGAAAGAAAGUGGGUCGGGAAAAGCAGCACGAUCAGAAUAUCUGCAUCUUUUUCUGCUGGAAUACUGUUUCUAGCUUGUGCCCCAAUACAAGAAAGACAUUGAGAAAUGAGAGUGAGUUCAGUGGAGGGACACCAAGAUGGCCAGGGACUAAGGCACAUGCCUCAAGAGCAGAGGCUGAAGGAACUGGGCUUAUUCACCUGGAGAAGAGGAGACCCAAGGGACCUAGUAGCAGCUUCCAAGACCUAUGAGGAGGUUGCCCAGGAGAUGGAGCCAAGUUCUUCACAGCAGCACAUGGUGGGAGCAUGAGAAGCAAUGGGCAGAAACUGAAAUAAAUUCAGACUGGGUAUAAGGAAAAACUUUUUUUUGCCAUGAGGACAUUUUAACAGUGAAGUAGGUUGCACAGAGAUGUUGUGCACUCUCCUUCCUUGGAAGUUUUCAAGACCAGCCUGGAUCAAGCCCUGAGCCACCUGCUCUGACCUCAUUGCUGACCCUGGUUUGAGCAGGAGGUUAGACUAGAUGAACUACUAAGGGAAGGAUAACAAAGACAUUAUGCUGUGAGGAAAAAAAAAGUACUUGAAAGCACUUUUUUGAUUGUUUCCCGCUACAGGUAAUGAUCUUUAAUCAUUUUCUAAUGAAUUAACUUCCUGCUUUCUUAAUCCACGAUGGAACAAUGUUCCUUCUGUUUGCAUCUAAAGUUAUCCUGAGUGUAUUACCCACUUUAGUAUUAAGCAAAAAUGUGAUUUUCAGUAUUUUAAAAGUGUGCCUAUGUGCUUCCAAAACAGAACAUAGCAAAAAUAGAUUUCAGGCUUUGGGGAUUUUGGUAGAGUUCCCAGUAGACUUAAUAAUAACCUUUUUGAGAGCUCAUUAAACGCUGAAGAAAGAUUCUCUGUUAGUAUUUCAUAAAAAGAAUGCAAUAUAUUUUGCAAUUGCAGCAUUAAAAACAUAUGAAGUCAUUCAUUUAGGAGAAAGUUAUGUGGAAAGGUAAGAAACAACCACAUUUCAGAACUCAGUGAUGGGACACUGGAUUGAGAGAACUCACUCAGUGCUCAGACUGACCUUAAACAUUAACUUGGUGUGAGUGGUGGGUAAGUUUUCAAGUCCUACUAAGCUGAAGAACAUGACCCACCUUCCAGGAUAACACAGAAUUAUAACUGUAGUUUUUUAUAGAGUGGCUAAAUCAACCUUCAAAACUAUAUCAUUCUCUGUUCAACUUCAGUUUUCUGAGCAGUUUCUCUGGAAGUGAAUUGUUUUCAUGAUAUUUCUAGUAUAUUCCCAUGAGAAAUAAUAGAGCAUUUGGCUGUAUUUCCCUUAUAUUGUGAGGGGACUGUGCAGUGAGAUCAAACUUAUGUGUAUUUUUUAAUGAUAUUUUCAUACCUUUGGAUGAAAAACAGCACAGAAAUGCAGAAUGUAGUUAUGCCACAAAAAAAGUAGUCCUCAUGAUUUCUUAGGCUGAAUUUUAGCUUGUGUUCCAUUCUGGUUUAGGUAUUUUUAGGUUUUUUUUUAAGGGUUGCUUCUAUACUUUUAUACUUCAAUAUUCUGUUCUUAAUUUCAGUGCAGAUAUUUAUGGAUUUUAUUUCUCGUAACCAGUAUUCAAAUCUUUUAUGGUCUGACCUUGACUAGAAGUUCCAUAUCGCUCUGAUAUCAAGCAGUUGUCUGUUACUUCAGACCACGCUAUUACUAAAUGAAAGCACACCUGCCGUUCUGUAGCCCACUGUUAAUUCUUGAGACAAAAACAAUCUUUUUGCACAUGGUAGUCUUAAUGUCACCUUUCUUUACACUACAGCUGUGACAAACGUGAACUGCAGGUCCCAAGUAGUCCUGUAGGUCUGUUUUUCUCAUCCACAAGCAAGCUUUUCCUUAUUCUCCAGACAGUGAAGUCUUCAAUAGUCUCAAAUGCAGUUAUGUCAUGGAGCGUAGGAUGUGCAACCCAGCGUGCACAGAGCCCAGCAAGCAGCCACACACAGGCUACUGGGCAACUGCCAGGUUUUGUUUUAACUUCUUGCUUUAAUCUGCUAGUAGCCAGCCUCUGCUGCUGCAGCUGGGGCUGAGGAUCCUGCGGGACUGAAUCACCCAGUCAGUACUUCUGAGAAGUCACUUCAGUUUAUGCCUGGGUGCACGUUGUCUCAAAAAUCCGAUUGUUGGUUGUCUGGUUGCUUUCUCCGUUCUUUACUUCCCCGUCAAUGUUCAUGACGUGCACAAAUGGAAAUUUUGAAAAAGACAGAUGAUGAAGGGAUUUUAUGUUAUUACUCCACUUCCGUAUUUGGCCCGACUCUUACAGCUUGCAGACAAGAAGGGAUGGAUUUACGGGCACAGCACUCUAACUUUAACACUGUCCCUCACUUUCAUUUUCACUCUCAGAUGUUCACACCGUGAAAUUUUCCACUCUGCCCUGUCAGCUGAUAUAUAAUUUUAGACUUCCUAGAUCAGGAUGUGGCAGAUGAAACAUCACACUUUUUACCCUAAAAUGCAUUUUAAUAAACUUUAAGCGUGCACAAAAUAAAAGGUGGGAGUCCAGACAGUAGAUUUGGGAUCAUACUCAAAUUUGCAUAUUUUAAAGUGCCGAUACCUGAGUCUGUGUUUUCAAUUUUGAUAGAAAGUUGCUAUCCCCACUUUAUAAGUACAUUCCAAAAUAAUGAAGAACCUAAUGAAGAUGCUACAGUUAAUGAUAAAUACAUUAAAAUCAUUUGAAAUGGCAUGGAUGGUCCUUAAAGAUGCAAUAAGCAAGCAAAACACUAAACCAAACAAAUGGGUUUGCAACAUUGCAAAUUUUAAGGCUGCAUUCAAAGCAAACAAAUUUUCUUUGGGAAGUGAAAAUCCAAACCAGUGGAACAGAAGAUGGUUAAUGAUAGUCACUAUGAGGAGAUAUUUGGGAGCCCAUUUUAAACAAUAGUUGUUAGCAGUAUUGAUCAUAUGUUUCAUUGUCAGAACCUGGUACUGUAAGGAAGCUUCCAAUAAAAACAGAUCAUUUAUUGCGGUUCCAAAGCACAAAGGCAGAAAAGGAUUGGAGAGAAACUUGAUUGUAUCACUGCAUAGAUCUUCAUCUGAAGACGUACAGUGUCUGAGAGCUAGCUGCCAUGGACCGGCUUUUUUGUGGUUGAGGGUGGGAUGUCAUAAAGAAAGAAAGUGUUCUAAGAAAACCUUUUACAUUUUUUCAGCUUCUAAAUUAAAUGCAGCAAACUGAGCAAUUUGAAGUCUCACAUCUUGAUAAAAAAUACCAGUUUCAUUUUCCAUGUCUCCAUUAGACAUUUAAAGAAGUAGCAAGUUAGAAAGUAGAAAAUUCUAGUCUAUAUUAUCGUGUUAUUGUCCGUGAUGUGCAUAUGCAGUUGUCGCUGUUUCUGUCUCCAUCCUGUAGUACAAGGGCAUUUGCACCAUACACCACCCAGAAGAGUGGUAAAGCCAGUGACUGAAACAGACCCAAGUGAGAUUAGCAAGCAGUGAAAAACAAGACAAAGAAAAGGUCACCUGUAACCUUUAAGAACUUCUCAGCCUACCAUUCCUAGAUUCUUCACGAUCCAUGUGUUGCAAGCUUCCUCUUCCAUUUCUGGUACAUUUGGCAUUCAGUGUAGGAAUUUUGGAACUUUUUUUUUUUAGGAAACAUUUUUGUAUGAGAAGUGCAAAGUUGCUAGUGAAGGGACUUGUAGACUCUGUCCCAAGGUGAUAUGGCACCCAGUCAACGACACAAAUCCACACUGUUGUCAUUAUUCAGGUAUUCAUUUACCUCUGAGUUGAAAAAGUAAAGCGAGGCUUUCCAGUGGCUCGGUGUCCCGUUGUGUCAGAAAUGAUACUGCACAACCAAAGAGAAUAUUCUUGUCUUCAGAUAACUUCUCGUGUAUGUAAUACAUAGUGAGGAGUUGCCAGGGAAGUGAUGUCUUUCCUACAGUUAAGUGAUGAUAACGAGAUGGAAAAUGUGAAUGAAGAGUCAUAGCUAAUAGAUAAAACAGAACUUCAGACCAGAAAAAGAACAGAAAGUGAAUGAAUGUUCAUUAGCCAAAUGAGCUAAAUUGUUUGUACCAUGAAGUAGUCAAGUGUGUAAUGAGCGUUUUACUGAAGAGCAUGAGUCCAUUUUCUUAAUGUAAACGGUCUUUGAUGAUGAUCUUUGAUGAUGAUUUUUAUCUAAUCAUCUUAAUCUUUGGUAUCUUAUCUCAGUAACUAGGCAGCUUUUUUUUUUGCCUUUUUUUUUCACUGUGAGUUUUGCCUCUCAUACUGACCUGUAUGUGUUUUCUGGUGGUUCAGAAAUACCUUGGUUACAGGUAUCCUGCUGACAGGGCAGGGAGAUGGACCAGGUGUCAUGUGGGGGUCCUUUGCAACCCUUUUCUAACACUUCCGUGUUACCGGUGCUCUAAGCACCAGUUGCCUGGUCAGCAAGGGGGCAAAAGGGGUGAAGCAGGAAGCAAAGUGCAUGUUUCCUCAGGAAAAGGAAAAGCAUAAGGGACAGAGCCAGCAGUUUGUAAAUGCAAAUAGAGAACUUCCACCCUGUCAGAGGUGGAGCAUUUGAAAUCAGAUCUCCUGAAGUGACAGGUGGCUGCAGUGUUACGUGUCUCGUUUGUGAUGUGGUCCAGAACAUUUCUGGAAGACCAUCACAGGACGUCUUGGAUUAGAUAGGUAAAGAACAUUAGAAGAAAAUCCCUAGUGAUUUAGGAUGAGUUGGGACAACUGAAAAUCUUUUCUGUGGGGUUACAUGAAGUUAGGAAAAUAAGCUUUUGUUAUCAUCAGCGUCCCCUCAGUGUAAUAGUUCAUUUAGGGCACAAGUUUGCAGGAUCUCGGAGGAGCAACCUUACAAGCAUAGCGCCUUACAGCUUCUUGAGCUCAUGCAGAAUAUUGCAAUCAGACAAAGAAUGUGACUUGAUUUUGAAUGAAACUGAAGAAAGCCUGUUGUUGAGGCUACAAACCAUAGUUUUGUUUGUGUUUGAAGAAACAAAACCAAAUUUGAUUAAAAAUUGCUGCAUGCUUCGAAUGCCAUUGAAUAGGUCAAACAUUCUGCUCUGGAAGGAUACCUCUUUUGUCAAAGGUAAUGCAAGAAAAGCAACUAGAUCUUGCGUUUUGAUAUGGCAGAGGCAGAAGUGGCUUGGGUAGGAAAAGGAAUCAGUGCGGAACAGGUUUUCUAAAGGAGGAACUCUCCAUGCAGAGUAGGAUAUUUGUGGAAGGAGUGCACGGUGAGCUUGUUUAGCUAAUCUCUAACUCCACCUAAGAAAUGAGUGGUGCUGUCUUGUUCUUAUAAUAGUGUUUUGUCAUUGAUUUGGGUGAGUAAAAGAGCAGAUCCUUUUUGAAAAACUGGAGUGAUUAAGCAGUUUGCUGAAUGGCUAUAUCUCUGCCAAUCCUAUAAACAGUGCUUAUGGGGAAAGAAGAUGUUUCUCCUCUUCUGGUCAUUCCAAAUCUGAUCUUUCCUACCUAAUCCCUAUGUAGCCUUUCCUUGUUCUCAGCAGUCUCAAAGCAAGAAGUGGGGAUGGUGAGUAAUAAAAGCUUAGAAAUAAUUGAGCAUCACUGAAUUCAUUUAAAACCCUACUAAGAUCUGCCCUUUUUUUAAAGUACUAUAUUAAGAUUCCUUGUGAUCUAUAGAAAAGUGAGGUCAGAUUUUAGAAGAAGGGGAAGGAUUGAAACAAUUUUUAAACAUUGACAAAACAGCAAAUGCCAAGAUGGGUGUAACCUUGUUUUUUGAUUUCUCAAGUUUCCUUCAGUUCAGAAACUUUCAAUUUGACUAGUGAGAUGCAGUUAAUAAAAACAAAACAAAACAAUCAAACAAAAAAACUGUUAAAAAUGUAUGGAAUAUUGAUGAGCAGUGAGUGCAAAGAGGCACAAGCAUGAUACAGUCAAGCAGAUGAAUGCUCAAACUGCAGCAAACCCAGGACCAUUUUGCAAGAGAUUCUUCUCUAGCAGUCCUGGCUGUGAUAUAUAUACAGGUGUAUUCACACACGAACACAUGUACUCAUAACACUACGUCUAAGAGUGCUUUACACAAGCACAUAAUGUUCAUUUUUAAAUAGACAAACUGAGAUACAGAAAAAAAAUGUCUUGCCUAAGCUUGUCCAGUAGAAAAGUGACAAAUGAAAGAGAACCUGGGAUUCUUUGUUUCUCUUAUAGCCCUGUGCAGAUCUACAGAUCCUUGAUUAGCACUUGUAAAUCUUUCUCUCUUUGUCAAUGUAAUUUGAAAACAGAUCUAAAAUAUUUCUUCAACAUAGUGUUAUUCGGUCAUACAUAAUGCUCACAAACAAACAGCUCAGGCUAAAAUCCUUGAGACCAUACUGGCACACCACAGUAUUUCUGAGCCUGCAGUUGCCUGGGAGCACUUUGUUCUGCAUGCCACUGUUGGCUCCUGGAUUGCUUGUGGCCUCAAGGAGAAACAAGUAGACCUCAAGUAGAAACAUAACUUUGUGCUAUAUUUAGAUCCACAUUUUGUCUUAAAUUUAAAAUCAGCUCAAUAGUCCCAUCUUCAUCAUUUAUUUGUCCUUCUGGCAUUUACACAUAAAUUAUGUGAAUAGUUUAUACUUUCAGGGAGUUGCAGUUUCCUUCCAGUUUGUCUAAUAUGUUGGAAAAGCACAAAAGAGCAAACCUCACAGGCAGCAAUAGCUCGAAUAGGGUUUGAAGAGGAAGCAAUUCUACAAAUACUAUACUGAGAAGGGUUCUUUAAAAUGGUAUCAAAAAUUAGGAAAUAAUACAUUACUAAGUGUAAAUUCAUGUUAAAAUACUUGUGUUUAGUUAUAAGCACCUGUUUAAAUGAUUUACUGAUACAUUCCAUAGAGCUCUCUGAUUCUGUCCAAUUCCUAUAAACUUCUUUAUGAAAGUCACAGACUUAGGCUUUCUACAGCCCCUGGCUGAGUGUAGAACGGCCAACCACUGAUCUGAUCAGUAAGAGUUCCUUCAGGAUUCUUUUUUUGCAUUUUAACAUUGCCUGCAAGAUUGCAAAAACUGCUCACUGUGAUCUAUUGCCCUUAUCACUGAGCAUUUGCAGGAAUAAAAACUGCAGCACCCUGUACAGGAAGGAAGGGAUGCUUGUAACAUCAGGAAUUAGUCACAGCUCUGCCUCCACGCACUGCAGGUUAUGUAAUGCAGUAGCAGGACAUCAGCUACACACCCUCCCAUGCUGAAAGAAAAAGUGGGGACCUUUAGGGAUUCCCCUUUUGUCCACUGUCCAUGUGUAGUCUUACUCUGCUAUUUUGCAUACAUAGCCCUGGAGUAUAAAAUGCUUGUGCCUCACAGGAGGGGUGCAGAGCAGGAGAGAUUAAAGGGAAGCAACUUCCGUAGAGAAGACCAUCUCCUUGCAGAUUUGGAAAAACCUCUCACAAAAACACGGAGCAAAGUGUUGGAAUCAGUUUUCCUCUCAUUUCCAAGCUAUCCUGCUGUUCUGAAAACUUUAUCCCCCUUCCAGCUGUCUUUAAAGUGUUCCAGCAUCACUCAAAACAAGAUUUCAGCCCUGUGAAGUACAAUUAUAAAUAAAGUAUACAAAAUGCUGUGCCCAUGGCAGUUUGCAUUCAAACCUCAUGCUGCUAAGAACCAGUCCUCCAAAGAGAAGGAUAUCAAUAAUAACGUGGAGAAAGAUAUGAAGAUCCAUGGCUUAGUGAAAGAUGAUGCCAAAUUGCAUGAUCUAAUCAAGAAGCAGAAAGAGAAGCCGCCUAUCGUAACUUCAGCAGAGAAACCCCCAGAAAAUGGUAUCAAAGCUUCAAACCAAAUAUCAAGAUGUCCAAGACAUCUCAAAGUAAGAAACUUGGAAAAUGGAUCCAGCUUUCUUGACACACUACACCUGACAGCAAAGGAGGUUAUCAAUUGCCGCACCAAAGCAUGCCAAGGGGCACUCAUGACCCCAAAGGGCUUGGUGAGGGGCACUAGAGAUGGGCCAGUUCCUCUGGCAGAGCUUUUACCUCAGGCAGUAGACUUUGUCAAGCAGUACUACACUUCAUUUAAAGAGUCAAAAAUAGAAGAACACCUGGCCCGACUGGAAGCAGUGACCAAAGAAAUAGAAACAACAGGAACCUACCAUCUGACACAGGAUGAACUGAUCUUUGCUGCCAAACAGGCCUGGAGGAAUGCUCCGAGAUGUAUUGGGAGAAUCCAGUGGUCCAAUCUACAGGUAUUUGAUGCACGUGACUGUAAAACAGCCAAGGAAAUGUUUGAGCAUAUCUGUCGUCAUGUUCAGUAUGCAACAAACAAUGGAAACAUAAGGUCAGCCAUCACUAUCUUCCCACAGAGGACUGAUGGGAAACAUGAUUUCCGUGUUUGGAACAGCCAGCUGAUCCGAUAUGCUGGAUAUCAAAUGCCAGAUGGGUCUAUCCUGGGAGACCCUGCAAGUGUGGAGUUCACAAAGUUGUGCAUUGAGCUUGGGUGGAAGCCGAAAUAUGGCCGCUUUGAUGUAGUUCCACUCAUUCUCCAAGCGAACGGCCAAGAUCCAGAAAUAUUUGAAUUUCCUCCAGAAAUUAUCCUUGAAGUGCCAAUGGAGCAUCCAAAGUAUGAGUGGUUUAAGGAGUUAGAUCUGAAGUGGUACGCGCUGCCUGCUGUUGCCAACAUGCUCCUUGAGGUGGGAGGCCUGGAAUUUACUGCAUGUCCUUUCAAUGGCUGGUACAUGGGGACAGAGAUAGGAGUGCGAGACUUCUGUGAUGUGCAGCGGUACAAUAUCCUGAAGGAGGUAGGAAGAAGAAUGGGACUGGAAACAAACAAACUUUCAUCACUAUGGAAAGACCGAGCUGUUGUAGAGAUAAAUGUGGCUGUGCUUUAUAGCUUCCAAAAACAAAACGUUACUAUCAUGGAUCACCACUCAGCUGCUGAAUCCUUCAUGAAAUAUAUGCAGAAUGAGUACCGUGUGCGAGGAGGCUGCCCAGCUGACUGGGUGUGGAUUGUACCUCCUAUGUCAGGGAGCAUAACUCCCGUGUUCCACCAGGAGAUGUUGAACUACGUCCUCACUCCCUUCUUUUACUACCAGGUGGAUGCAUGGAAAACACACAUCUGGCAUGAUGAGUCCCGGAGGCCAAAGAAAAGAGAAAUAAAAUUGAGUGUCUUGGCAAAGGCUGUACUCUUUGCAUCUUCACUCAUGCAAAAAGCAAUGGCAAUGAGGUCCAAGGUCACUGUGAUCUAUGCAACAGAGACUGGGAAAUCUGAAACACUAGCCAACGAUCUGUGCAGUUUGUUCAGCUGUGCCUUUAACACUAAGAUUCUGUGCAUGGAUGAAUACAACAUCAGUGACCUGGAAAAAGAAACGCUUCUUUUAGUGGUUACUAGUACUUUUGGAAAUGGAGAUUCUCCAAAUAAUGGAAAGACAUUGAAGAACUCCUUGCUCACCCUGAAAUUGCUGAGAAAGAAAAUUAGAUAUGCCGUGUUUGGUUUGGGAUCUACCAUGUAUCCUGAAUUCUGUGCCUUUGCUCAUGCCAUUGACCGAAAACUGGCCCAGCUAGGGGCUUCACAGCUCACUCCAAUAGGUGAAGGAGAUGAACUCAAUGGGCAAGAAGAAGCCUUUCGCACAUGGGCAGUCAGUGCAUUCAAGACUGCCUGUGACAUUUUUAACAUCCGUGGGAAAAACAGUAUUCAGUUGCCUAAGAUGUAUACCUCAGAUGAAAUCUGGAAUCCUAAGAAAUACAGGAUACUGCAUGACUCUCAAACCAUGGACUUGGCUAAAGCACUUACAGACAUUCAUGGAAAGGAUAUAAUUCCCAUGAAGCUGAAAUUCAGACAGAAUCUUCAGAGUUUAAAAUCUAGUCGUGUUACCAUUCUAGUUAAGCUUUCCUGUGAGACUAAUCAGGAAGUGCGCUACCUGCCCGGAGAACAUAUUGGGAUUUUCCCAGGCAACCAGCCAGAAUUAGUCCGUGGCCUCAUUGCACAUGUUAAGGAUGCCCCUCCAGCUGAUCAGACUAUCAGACUUGAAACCUGCACUGAAGGUGGCUACUGGACAAGUGACAAAAAGAUUCCAGCCUGCACACUCUCCCAAGCUUUGACAUAUUUGCUUGAUAUCACUACUCCACCCUCCCAACAACUGCUAAGAAAGAUUUCCCAGCUCGUAACAGCAGAAGGAGACAAACAGAGACUGGAAGUUCUAUGUCAUAACACAGAAGAAUACAAUAAAUGGAAGUUUUACAACAGCCCAAACAUCCUGGAGGUCCUGGAAGAGUUUCCUUCUGCUGAAGUCUCAACAGCUUUCUUGUUGACUCAGCUGCCAUUUCUGAAACCCAGGUACUAUUCCGUCAGUUCUUCCUGUGACAUGACACCCAGAGAGAUUCAUCUGACAGUUGCAGUAGUCAAUUACAGGACAAGAGAUGGACAAGGGCCUUUGCAUCAUGGAGUUUGCAGCACAUGGCUGAAUAAAAUAAGUCUCAAUGAAGUAGUGCCAUGUUUUGUGCGCAGUGGCAAUGGAUUCCAGCUCCCAAAGGAGCCAACCAAGCCCUGCAUUCUGAUCGGCCCAGGAACAGGAAUUGCUCCAUUCAGAAGUUUCUGGCAGCAACGUCUCUAUGACUUGGAAAAGAAAGGGAUCAAAGGUGGUGACAUGACAUUAUUGUUUGGCUGCCGGCAGCCAGACAUGGAUCAUAUCUACAGAGAAGAAAUAGAAGAAAUGAAGAGGAAAGGAGUUCUGACAGAAGUUUUUACAGCUUACUCCAGGCAACCUGGCCAAGCUAAAGUCUAUGUUCAAGACAUUCUCCAAAACAAGUUGGAAGCCAAAGUGUACAAUCUCUUGCAUAAAGAGGGUGGACAUCUGUAUGUCUGUGGAGAUGUACGCAUGGCCAGGGAUGUUGCUCAGACUUUGAAGGGGAUACUUGUAAAAAAACUGAACCUCACGGAGCAGCAGGCAGAAGAGUAUUUCUUCGAGCUAAAGAGCCAAAAACGUUACCAUGAAGAUAUAUUUGGGGCUGUGUUCCCACAUGAAGUCAAAAGAGAUGUAAGAGCUUUGCAACCCAUCAGUCCAAGCACGAAUCAACAGACAUUUUAAACCAUAUUUGCACAUUUGAUGUUAUUUUCAAAGAUCAAGGGGUCAAAUUCUCUUCCUUAUUCAUGUCAAAAAACACACAUAUCUGAUUGUAGGAUUUGACUUCUAAAUCUUAGCCUUAAGUAAGAAAAAUAUGAAAUAUAACUUUUUUUGGUAUUUAUUCUGGGACUUCUUUUAAUUAUCUGAAUAGUGAAGAUGCAAAUUAUUUUUUUAAUUCUGUCUAGGCUAGUACACAUCUACUGUCUUUUGUAAAUACAAAAAAAUAUAAAAUCUGCUCAUGAGGAAAAUUUAGUUUUUUACUAUGAACUAGAAGUAAUGUUUUUUUUGUUUGUUUUUUUUUAAUGGACUAUUUAUCUGUGUGGAUUUAUUUAUAUCGUUUUACUGUUUUAUGUUCACUUUAAAGCAAGAAAAUGAACAGUUGUGUCACUUGGAAAUAUCUAGUGACACCUCUUGUUGAAUCUGAAGCAGUACUUGCAAAUGUGGCAAUAAUAUCAUGGCUUAUAAGUGGAAAUAUCUUCUGCAUACACUUCAGAUGUAUACACAUGAAGAGGCACCAGUUUUGAUUUCUGCUUUAUGUGAUUCAGAUGUAUCAACUUGAAUUGUCAUUGUUACAGGGCCUGUGGCAGUGAGAUUCAGAAAAUUCAAAAGCACUUUGUACAUUUGAAUUCUAUGCUCUGACUUACUUGAUUUGUUUGCAAUAAAAGAUACCUUUAUGUUGAGACAAACAAGUUGGUGUAGUUUAAAUGUACUUCUUUGUGCUAUUGCCUUCAGCCUGAAAAAGUGGAUGUAGGUAAGUUCUUGGGUUCCAUUAGAGUGGGUUUGAGCUCCAGCCAGCACUCCCUCCAUAUGCACAGAGCCUGUCU